AUGGCUGCCAUCGACUGGGAACGGGGCGAGCCGCAAGGGUUGGUUCCUCUGCAACCCGAACAUCGACUCUUCGUGUCUGUCUACGGACCAGAUCGCGUGCCCGGGACUCCAAUCAUCAUCUUCAUCCCAGGAGUAACCUGCAGCAUCACCGAAUGGGUCGUUGUCCGCCGUCUCCUCCAACCGAACGUUCGCACCAUCCUGUACGAGCGAUCGGGAAUGGGAGCAUCGGACGAAUCGCGCGAGCCUCCCACAGCAUCCGACAUGGCCCUCGAGCUAGACACUCUGCUCAAAGCAAUGAGAAUUGCGCCACCUUAUGUCAUUGUGUGCCACUCAUACGGAGGAAUCAUUUCUCGGGAAUUUCUAGAAUUGUGCCAUAAGGACAACCGCGAUGAGAAUGUGGUCGGGAUGGUCAUGGUAGAUGCGAAUCAGGAAAGGAGUACCGUGCUCUGGCCGGAUUCCAACAUUGAAGCGAUCAGUCAGGGACUGGACUGGAACACCGUGACGGGGCUCUCCAAAGCGCGGGUUCUGACAGAUACCGAAUGGCAGGCCUUUCUGGAUGAACAAGGGAGCGAGAAGCAUCAGCGUACAGCAAAAAAAGAAAUGGAGCACUAUGUUGACAGUUGCGCAACGCUACUUGAAAAGCACCAGUUUGACCGAGAUCCUCCCUUGUUAAAUAGGUAUCCUGUGAGUGUUUUGAAAGGACACCCAGAGCUGGAUCUGCGCAAAGCCUUCGAGGCUGGUGUCUUGGCUGGAAAUGGAACUCGUGAGCAGAGGAGUCAGUUCUCUGAGAAGCUUGCGGCCUACCCCGCCAUUAAUGACCAACUUCAAAGAGAGAACCUUGGUCUGUCUCGCAAUCACCGAUUUGUAGAUGUCAGAGGGCACGGCCAUUUUAUUCAUAUCACCGCCCCAGAAGCGGUCGUUGAGGGGGUCAAGUGGGUGUUGCAGAGCGUUUGA